CUUUCCAGACCAGGUAGGGCCCUGCGCCGAUAGCAAACAUUCUUGUGAUAUAAAAAAAAAAUGGAAGAUGAGAUGAGUGGAAUAGAGAGUGUCUGUGUCAGGGUUGUUAAUGGCGGAUAGCGUAGUAUAGCGGCAAGCCCAAAAAACGCUAUUUCGAGCGCUAUUGCGGCACUAUAGCGGUGAAUAGUGGAGUAGCGGUGAACCCCUAGGGCGCUACACUAUAGGCUAUUGCGCCGCUAUAGCGUGCUAUUAACAAGCCUGGUAUGUGUCUGUGAGGAUGGAGAAGAGAGAGGAAGAGAUGACAACGGUGACUGUGAUGCACGGUUGCAUGAUCAUCACCAUGGACAACGAACAACGAGUGUUCAGGGACGGUGGCAUCGUCAUCGAAGGAGAUCAAAUCAAAGCCAUUGGCCAAUCUUCCCUCAUUCUCGCCGAGUUCGCAAGUCUCGCCGCCGAAGUUCUCGACCUCUCCGGCCAUAUCUUGCUUCCUGGGUUGAUUAACACUCAUGUUCAUACUUCUCAACAACUUGCAAGAGGCAUAGCUGAUGAUGUUGACCUAAUCACCUGGUUGCACCACCGCAUUUGGCCUUACGAAUCAAACAUGACUGAAGAGGAUUCUUACCUCUCUACUUUGCUAUGUGGGAUUGAACUCAUUCACUCUGGUGUGACCUGUUUUGCUGAAGCUGGGGGGCAACAUGUUUCUGGGAUGGCUAGAGCCGUCGACUUACUCGGCUUGCGGGCUUGUUUGACAGAGUCAAUUAUGGACUCUGGCCAGGGUUUGCCAUCAUCCUGGGCCGCUCGAACUACUCAGGAUUGUCUUCAGUCUCAGAAGGAGAAUUAUGAGAGAUACAACAAUACAGCUCAAGGGCGCAUCAGAGUCUGGUUUGGGAUCAGGCAAAUCAUGAACUCUACUGAUCGCUUGCUUCUUGACACAAGAGAUGCUGCAAGCCAACUGAAAACAGGAAUUCACAUGCAUGUUGCAGAGAUACCAUAUGAGAACCAACUAGUUAUGGAUGUCCACAAAAUAGAUCAUGGAACUGUUACGUACUUGGAGAAGAUAAAUUUUCUUCAAAACAAUCUGUUAGCUGCUCACUCUGUUUGGGUCGACAAUAGCGAGAUAUCUCUUCUUUCAAGGGCAGGGGUCAAAGUGUCUCACUGUCCUGCUGCUGCAAUGCGAAUGCUUGGAUUUGCACCUGUAAGGGAGAUGCUUGAUGCUGGCAUCUGUGUCUCCUUGGGUACUGAUGGGGCCCCAUCAAACAAUCGCAUGAGCAUCGUUGAUGAAAUGUACCUAGCUUCUCUAAUUAACAAAGGACGGGAAGUUUAUGCUAAUGGAACUACAGAUCCAACAGCAUUGCCAGCCGAAACUAUUCUUAGAAUGGUUACAGUUAAUGGUGCAAAGUCGGUAUUGUGGGAUGAUGAGCUAGGUUCUCUUGAGGUUGGGAAAAAGGCUGACAUUGUUGUGGUCAAUCCUUCAACUUGGACUAUGGUUCCUGUUCAUGACUGCAUUUCCAGCAUUGUGUAUUGUAUGCGAACAGAAAAUGUGGAUUCUGUCAUGUGCAAUGGCCUAUGGAUAAUGAAGAACAAGAAGAUUACAUGUGUGGACGAGGAACAAAUUAUUUUGAAGGCAAAACAGGCUUCUGUUGAACUUCUGAAGAGGGCAGGCAUAAAAUUACCAUCUAGAAUGAACAUAAUUUGAUUGUGGUUUCGCAAAUAUUGUCUAUUGUAAGUGUUUGAUGUAAUACAAGUAGCAAUAUAUAGCCACGUCUAAUGAACUUGCAAACACUGUUGUUGCAAACUGAGUGUCUUGAGGGAAAGAUUUCAACAAGUGAGGAAAGGUAGAGGCUUUUCUUACACGUGGGCGGAUCUAAGUACAAUUAUGCAUAGGUACAAGAGAGAUUCUAUUGUAUGAUAUUACAGUCCAGAGAUUAUGGGUAUGGCAUGUGGUGUAAUUGGGCUAGGCUUUCUCAUUGUUUCUCUCAGCAUCUAUUUAGUUUCCCUCCUUGUAUAA